UUCAAUUUCAUUGUGGAUCCGACAGAGGAAAUAUUUGGCUUAGCGGAAAAAAAACAGAAUCCAGUUUCAAGCCCCCACCCCACCGAUUUCAUCGGAGAAAUGAGUCUCAGCGUGACAGGAUAUAACCAAGGUUACCAUCAUCCAGGGCCCAUGGUACACGAUUUUUACCAAUAUCCACCGGAACCGACACCACACCAUUACUUCCCAAAUUGGAUGCUUAACGGAAACGACACGACUGUAGCCAGCGCACAAAUAGGCAACGAUUCUUCCUACCUGACUACAACUGGUUCCUUGUCUUCCGAUUAUCAAACCUACACCUACGAACACAUACAAACACACUCAGGGCCGCUACGUGUCAUUAAAAGAAGAGUCACGGCUAACAAAAAAGAAAGACGACGGACUCAGAGCAUAAACAUGGCUUUUGCUCAACUUCGUGGUUGUAUACCAAAUGUUCCGUCAGACACAAAAUUAUCGAAAAUAAAAACUCUUCGUCUAGCCACGAGUUAUAUCGCCUAUCUAAUGGACGUCUUAUCAAAGGAUGAUCCCUCUUUCGUGGACACUGCUGGAUUUAAAGCAGAACUUAGCAAGAAACUGGAGAGCAGAGACGACAAGAAACGGAAAGAGACGGUAAGUUGA